UUAAAAGUGAAGUUGAUGCUAUACACAAGGAGAAACCUGACCUGCGCACAAGUCAUCAACUCCACAGCUUUUGGGAACUUGAACGUGACCAAGAAAACCACCUUCAUUGUCCAUGGAUUUAGGCCAACAGGUUCCCCUCCAGUUUGGAUGGGGGACUUAGUAGAGGGUUUGCUCUCUGUAGAAGACAUGAAUGUGGUUGUUGUUGAUUGGAACCGAGGAGCUACAACUGUAAUAUAUAACCACGCAUCUAAUAAGACCAAAAAAGUAGCCAUAGUCUUGAAGGAAUUUAUCGACGAGAUGCUGGCAGAAGGAGCUUCUCUUUACAACAUUUACAUGAUUGGAGUAAGUCUAGGAGCCCACAUAUCUGGGUUUGUUGGAGAAAUGUACGAGGGCCAGCUGGGGAGAAUUACAGGUCUCGACCCUGCAGGCCCUUUGUUCAACGGGAGACCUCCCCAGGACAGAUUAGAUCCCAGUGAUGCGCAGUUCGUUGAUGUCAUCCAUUCUGACAUUGAUGCACUGGGCUACAGGGAACCAUUAGGAAACAUCGACUUCUAUCCAAAUGGAGGAUUGGAUCAACCUGGUUGCCCCAAAACAAUACUUGGAGGACUGCAGUAUUUUAAAUGUGACCACCAGAGGUCCGUGUACCUGUACCUUUCCUCCCUGAGAGAGAACUGUUCCAUCACUGCAUAUCCCUGUGACUCCUACCGGGAUUAUAGGAACGGCAAGUGUGUCAACUGCGGCACCCCUGAAAAAGAGUCCUGUCCCCGUCUGGGCUACUAUGCUGAUAAUUGGAAAGACUAUUUGAAGCAGAAAGAGCCUCCAAUGACUAAGGCAUUCUUUGACACAGCUGAGGAGAAACCAUUUUGCCUGUAUCAUUACUUUGUGGAUAUUAUAACUUGGAACAAGAACAUAAGAAGAGGGUCCAUUACAAUCAAGUUGAGAGACAAAGCUGGAAACACCACAGAAUCCAAAAUCAACCAUGAACCUGCUACAUUCCAGAAAUAUCACCAAGUGAGUCUGCUUGCAAGAUUUAAUCAAGAUCUAGAUAAAGUGGCAGCAAUUUCCUUGGUGUUCUCUACAGGAUCUAUAAUAGGCCCGAAGUACAAACUCAGGAUUCUCCGAAUGAAGUUAAGGUCCCUUGCCCAUCCAGAGAGGCCCCAGUUGUGUCGGUAUGAUCUUGUCCUGAUGGAAAACGUUGAAACAGUCUUUCAACCAAUUCUUUGCCCAAAGCUGCAGAUGUAA